UGUGUCAUCGGGCGAUUUUGUUUGAGCAAAUUUUUAUCGAAGAAGCCCUUGUUUUAUUUAGUCUCUCUUGUCUGAAAUCAAUCUAUUGGUCUGUGUGUUUUUUUGGGGAAUGUGAAGCUUUUGUCUUGUUUUCGCUCUCUGAUUGUCUGUAUAUUGGAUUGUUUCAGAACUCGAAUCGCAUAAAGUUCGAAUUUUUGCUUAGAUUGUACCAAAGGGCGUGUGAUUGAGGAAGAAUAAGAUAAAAAAGGGGGAAACUUUGGGAUUUUCUCUCGAUCUCAGAUGAUGACAAGACGAAAUUGAUGGAUUUGGUUCUUCUAGGUGUUAGUUUAGAGAAUCUGAAUUCUGGUGUUGAGAAAAAAGAAGACUGGUGUGUGUUUUCGGUUUGAAUUAUGUGGAAGCAGAUUCUAAGCAAGCUCCCUAAAAAGUCUUCUAAGCACGAACAUCGUGGGCGUGAACACGGUGGCCAUGGCCAUUCUUCUUCAUCUCAUGCUUCAGGUGCCUCUACUUCGAAAAGUAGUGAUAAUGGUACCGGGAAAUCAGGGAAUUCGCAUGCGAAGAAUGGUCCAGCAGGUACGAAAUCCACUACUUCUGACUCGGGUUUUAAAGACGGGAAUCUAAAGAACAGUGGGAACAAUAACAAAAACAACAACAACAACAACAGCAGCAACAAUAAUGGAGUUUUCACUCCUUAUGAAGCAUUGCCGAGUUUUAAAGACGUUCCAAACACGGAAAAGCAAAACCUGUUCAUUAAAAAGUUAAAUUUGUGCCGUGUAGUGUUUGAUUUCACAGAUCCUACAAAGAACAUCAAGGAAAAAGAGAUUAAGAGGCAGACAUUGCUGGAGCUUGUGGACUAUGUGAAUGCUCCUCCGAAUGGAAAGUUUAGUGAAGUGGGUAUCCAAGAAGUUAUUCGAAUGGUGUCUACUAACAUAUUUAGAACGCUAAAUCCUCAACCACGGGAAAAUAAAGUUAUUGAUGCCUUAGACCUAGAGGAGGAAGAGCCUUCUAUGGAUCUUGCGUGGCCUCACUUGCAGCUUGUAUAUGAGCUUUUCUUGAGGUUUGUUGCUUCCCCUGAGACUGACACCAAGUUGGCUAAGAGAUAUAUAGACCAAUCUUUUGUCUUGCGGUUACUGGAUUUAUUUGAUUCCGAGGAUCCUAGAGAAAGAGAUUGUCUGAAAACUAUUCUCCACCGUAUCUAUGGUAAAUUUAUGGUACACCGACCUUUCAUCAGGAAAUCCAUAAACAACAUCUUCUAUCGAUUUGUUUUUGAGACAGAAAAACACAAUGGGAUUGCUGAGUUUCUAGAAAUCUUGGGAAGUAUCAUCAAUGGAUUUGCUCUUCCCUUGAAAGAAGAGCACAAAGUGUUUCUUGUUCGAGUUUUGAUACCUCUCCACAAACCGAAAUGCUUGCAAAUGUAUCAUCAACAACUGUCUUAUUGUAUCACACAGUUUGUGGAAAAGGAUUGCAAACUUGCUGAUACGGUUAUAAGAGGAUUGUUGAAAUACUGGCCUGUGACAAAUAGUUCUAAAGAAGUCAUGUUUCUGAAUGAGUUGGAGGAAGUACUCGAAGCAACGCAGCCACCAGAAUUCCAACGGUGCAUGGUACCACUGUUUCGCCAAAUAGCUCGAUGUUUGAACAGUCUGCAUUUUCAGGUUGCAGAGAGAGCUUUAUUCUUAUGGAACAACAAUCACAUUGAGAAUCUGAUAAUGCAGAAUCGUAAAGUUAUUCUUCCAAUUAUAUUCCCUGCCUUGGAGAUAAACGCGCAGAAACAUUGGAACCAAGCUGUUCAUAGCUUGACAUUAAACGUGCGAAAGAUAUUCCAUGACCUUGACCCUGAGUUGUUCAAAGAAUGCCUUGCUAAGUUCAAGGAAGAUGAAUCAAAAGCAGCUGAAACCAAAGCAAAACGGGAAGCCACUUGGAAACGUUUGGAAGAACUCGGGGUGCAGAAGGCUUCAUAAAGUUAGUGCUGUAGAGAAGAAACGGAGAGAGAGAGAGAGAGAGAGUCUUCUGUAUUUUCUAUUGGAAUUGGCAUGUUCUUCAGAUGCAUUCUUCAGAAGAGAAAAGUUUCAUAUUGGUCUCUUCAUGUGAAGGAAAGGAAACUCAAGAUGUAAGAUUUGUUCCCGUUUUGAUUUCCAUUAUUUUUUUUCUUGUUUCCUCUAAAAUCUUCCUGCUUGUUAAUGGGUUUCUUUUUUUUUUUCUGCCACAUUGUAUGAUCCCCUUGUUCCACUUUCUUGAGACUUGUCUGAUUCAUUCAUCUUCUGCUUUGAUACCUGCAAAAUUGCAGCUUUAGAA